UAUCAGGGAGGAUGGUGGCGCUGAGAGAGGCAGCCAGUUGCUCUCCAGCUGUCACAGCAAAAGUGGAGCCUCCCUUACGGAUGAACAUCCUCGACCUGUUGCCUCCGUGUGAAGAAAAGUAGAGCUGCGUUGUGACUGGUGCCAAAAAAAAAAGAGAGAAAGAAAUGCAUUUUUUUCCUGUUAAGGGAGGGUGGUCGAAGACGAUGCCAUGAGGGUUAUCAAUGUUUUUGUUAUUCGUUUACGUUUUGAAUAGCAGAAGGAAGGGCGACGGAGUUGGCUUUGGAGGGGAGAUCCUUCUCGGCGUGGAGGUGCGGUUUGCGGUGGUAUUUGUCUCUGUCUCUGAGUUUUGAGGAGGAGGACCAUGGUCGAAUUGGAGAAGGAGGUUCUCCCUUUGCCUCCUCGGUACCGGUUCCGAGACCUGUUGCUCGGGGACUGGCAGACCGACGACAGGGUGCAGGUAGAGUUCUAUGUGAAUGAGAACACUUUCAAGGAGCGCCUCAAGCUGUUCUUCAUCAAAAACCAAAGAUCCAGUCUGCGGGUGCGAAUGUUUAACUUUGCUUUAAAAGUGCUGAGCUGCCUCCUCUACAUCGUCAGAGUGCUGCUGGACAACCCGCAAGAGGAGAGGCUGGACUGUGUGAGUGGACUAAACUGCACCAAACAAAACACGUCCGCCCGUCCCCGGAGUGAGUUUGACUGGAAACUGAUCAUCUGGGUUGACAGACCUCUGCCGCUGUGGGCUCUGCAGGUGCUUGUGGCUUUCAUUAGCUUCUCGGAAACGAUGUUGCUCGUGUAUCUCAGCUACAAGGGUAACGUUUGGGAGCAAGUAUUACGUGUCCCCUUCAUUCUGGAGAUGAUCAGCACCGUUCCCUUCAUGAUCACUGUGAUUUUGCCCUCCUUCAGAAAUCUCUUCAUCCCUGUAUUUCUCAAUUGCUGGCUGGCCAAGCACGCGUUAGAGAACAUGAUAAAUGAUCUCCACAGGGCUAUCCAGCGGACACACUCAGCCAUGUUCAACCAGGUGGUGAUACUUAUCAGCACACUGGUCUGUCUUAUGUUUACAUGCAUCUGUGGAAUUCAACACCUUGAACGAGCGGGCAACAACCUGACAUUGUUCGACUCACUCUACUUCUGCGUGGUCACCUUCUCCACGGUGGGGUUCGGAGACGUCACCCCUCAGAUCUGGCCGUCACAGCUCCUGGUGGUCAUCAUGAUCUUUGUGGCACUCAUUGUGCUUCCCAUUCAGUUUGAGCAGCUGGCCUUUCUGUGGAUGGAGCGACAGAAGUCUGGAGGGAACUACAGCCGCUACAGGGCACAGACGGAGAAACAUGUGGUUCUGUGUGUCAGCUGCCUCAAGAUCGACCUCCUCAUGGAUUUCCUCAAUGAGUUCUUCGCUCACCCUCGGCUGCAGGACUACUACGUGGUGAUCCUUUGCCCAGCGGAAAUGGAUGUGCAAGUUAGGAGGGUCCUUCAUGUCCCCCUUUGGGCCCAGAGAGUCAUCUAUCUGCAGGGGUCAGCCCUGAAAGACCAAGAUCUGAUGAGGGCCAAGAUGGACGAUGCUGAGGCCUGCUUUAUCCUCAGUAACCGGUUUGAAGUGGACCGCAUUGCUGCUGAUCAUCAGACCAUCCUCCGGGCCUGGGCAGUGAAAGACUUUGCUCCGAACUGUCCCCUGUACGUCCAGAUUCUCAAACCGGAGAACAAGUUUCACGUCAAAUUUGCAGAUCAUGUGGUGUGUGAAGAAGAGUUUAAGUAUGCCAUGCUGGCUUUAAACUGUGUGUGCCCUGGUACCUCAACUCUCAUCACUCUAUUGAUCCACUCCUCGAGAGGACAAACAACUCCACAAGAAGCCUUCAAACAGCGUGUUGGAGCCUUUCAGUCCCUCAACAGGGAGGGCGGUGCGUGCUCGGCGGACCAAUGGCACCGGACAUACCGGCGCUGCUCAGCCAAUGAGGUGCAUCACAUCCGCUUGGAAGAAAGUAAAUUUUUUGGGGAGUACCAGGGAAAGAGUUUUACUUUUGCCUCCUUUCAUGCGCAUAAAAAGUAUGGAGUAUGUUUAAUCGGAGUGCGCAGACUGGACACCACCAACAUUCUGUUAAACCCUGGGCCGUGCCACAUCAUGGGAGCAUCUGACACAUGCUUUUACAUCAAUAUCUCCAAAGAGGAGAACUCCGCAUUUGUCAGGGGCCAAAGGGAGCCAUCAUGGGGUGGCGCAGGAGGAAAUGCCAGGGGAGUGCACCAAACCAUCUACCAUGGACUCACCCGCCUGCCAGUCCACAGUAUCAUCGCCAGCAUGGGCACUGUAGCCAUUGACCUGCAAGACUCCAGUGACAGCAGUCCAGAAGGCCAGGACCCGGGAAGCGCAGGCCUCGGCAGUGGGAGGGGGAGCAGAAGCAGCUCCAGGACAGAGAUGGGGGGCGCCAACACCUUAGCCCUACCUGCCAUGGGAGAGUCGGAGGAGAGACGGCACAGCAUCGCCCCCGUCCUGGAGCUCGUUGAUGGCGUCAGCAACCCCACCUUCGAUCUACUGGGGGACCAGUCAGAGGAUGAGGGAGGAGAGGAGGGAAAGGAGGACAGUGACAGGGAUGAGAGCGCCCACUGGUGGGGCCGGCAUAGCGAGUGGGUGAAGGGAUACCCGCUAAACUCUCCAUAUAUUGGCAGCUCACCUGCUCUGUGCCAUCUUCUCCAAGAGAAGAUGCCUUUCUGCUGUCUACGCAUGGACAAAGCUUGCCACCACAUCCCCUUUGAGGAUGCCCGCUCCUAUGGCUUCAAGAAUAAAUUGAUCAUUGUGUCUGCGGAGAGUGCAGGGAACGGCCUGUACAACUUCAUUGUUCCUCUACGGGCCUACUACAGACCAAGGAAGGAGCUCAACCCCAUCGUGCUGCUGCUGGAGAGUGUACCUGAAGCAGACUUCCUGGAGGCAAUCUGUUGGUUCCCCAUGGUGUUCUACACAGUGGGCUCCAUCGACAAUCUGGACAGUUUGCUGCGAUGUGGAGUCACAUUCGCAGACACCAUGGUGGUGGUUGACAAGGAGAGCUCCAUGAUCGCAGAGGAGGAUUACAUGGCCGACGCAAAGACCAUCGUCAACGUCCAAACCCUUUUCAGAUUGUUUCCAGCGCUUAGUAUCAUCACGGAGCUCACACACCCGGCAAACAUGCGCUUUAUGCAGUUCAAAGUCAAAGACCACUACUCCAUAGCUCUGUCCAAACUGGAGAAGAAAGAAAGAGAGAAGGGGUCUAACCUGAUCUUCAUGUUCCGCCUGCCCUUUGCUGCUGGGAAGGUGUUCAGCGUUAGCAUGCUGGACACUCUCCUCUACCAGUCAUUUGUGAAGGACUACAUGAUCUCAAUCACCAGACUGCUGCUUGGUUUGGACUCCAUGCCUGGCUCAGGUUUCCUCUGUGCUAUGAAGAUCACAGAAGACGACUUGUGGAUCCGCACCUAUGGCAGGCUCUACCAGAAACUAUGCUCCUCCACUGGAGACAUCCCCAUAGGGAUCUACCGCACAGAGGCCCAAAAGCUUCCAGUCUCAGAGUCCCAGGUGUCUAUCACGGUCGAGGACUAUGAAGACACCAGGGAACCCAGAGAGCCCCUACUGUCCCGCACCAGCGCCCAUCGCAACUCCACCUCCUCGGAGCCCAUCUCCACCUCGUCCCACUCCUCAGACCACCCGCUGCUCAGGAGGAAGAGCAUGCAGUGGGCACGCCGGCUGAGCAGGAAGGGGGGCCGGGGCUCCAGCGGGAAUAAGGGAGGCCCGGGCAGCGCGGCAGAAAGGAUCAGCCAGCAGAGGCUGACCUUGUUCAGGCGCUCAGAGAGGCAGGAACUCAAUGCCCUGGUGCGAACAAGGAUGAAACACUUGGGCCUUUCUCCAACUGGAUUCAAUGCAUUUUUGAUGAACGAUAACGAUGGGAUGGCAGACCAAGGGAACAGACUGUCCUACAUCCUCAUCAACCCCUCUCCAGACACCAGACUGGAGCUGCAUGAUGUUGUGUACCUGAUCAGACCAGACCCGCUCUCCCUGGUACCCAAUCAGGGGAGCGGCAGGAAGUGCGGCGCUGGGCUCUCAGAGAGCACCAGGUUCGACACGCAGGACAGCACCCAUCUGUGAGAGACGAACUGGGACUCAUACACUGUCAAAGCAACACAAUCACGAAGGGGAAGCAAAACUCACUCAAGUUGUGACAUUCUGUAGAAGGGGAUGCAGCCAGACGGCGCGAAGCCCUCAUAAAUCCUCCACAUUCUGACUCGAUGAACUCAGAGAUGCCAGACAUGCAUGGACUUUUUCUAUAACAACGGGAAUGUUUUAUUUAUGCACCUUCCUAUUUUCAAGGCGGAGAGCUGCGGACACAGAAGUGCAUUUAAUGAAAACCUGUGUGUAUUUAUAUCCGUGUAUGUGCAUGUUAUGUGCCGCAUCGUGUACUGCUGCGCAUGCAGCGUGGAUGUAGUUACGAGUGUACGUACGUAUAUGUGUGCAAGCAGGCGUGUGAAUGUGUGCGGACCCGGAGCAAGACACUGCCAAUUCUACGUGGACAGCCAAGGGAACCUGCUGCCAAACGAAAUCCAAGGGACGUGCCGUCGUGUCUUCACGUGUGUCGUACGUGUGUUUUGUCACGCUUUAAUGUCGUAUUUGAAAGUGACACUACGGUUUACACACCCUGUGAGGCUUUUGUAACAUAAAAGCCUUUUUAGAAAACUUUUUACCUUUGUCACUCGCGUCGUCAGUCACACACACAAACACGCGCGCGUUUGUUUUACGUUCACCAGCAGCGGAUGUAUCCAAAGAGCACCAGUCUCAGUAAUGGACACAAUCUGACAGCGAGCUUGCAGUGCCGCUGCAGGGCAUUCAGUCACAUCGCCGUCACCGUUUGUGGCUUCGUGAGUUCUCUUUGAACAAACCUGACCUGAGUACACCCCCGCCACCCCCCACCCCCUCCCCUUACACUCGCACUCUCUCUGCUUCUGUCAGUCAGUGUGAACCAAACUGCCACCAGCUUGCUUUUGCUCACAUGCAUGUAUGAGAUGCAGCGGCUGGACAAAACAACAGGAACAUACAUAUACUGUAAUAUAAUGCCAUCCGGCCAAAUAGCCCUGCAAUAAAUACUAACCCUUGUGAAGCUUAUAAUGUUUUUGAGAGUGUCAAACAAAACGUGGAUUGAGUUCUCAGUUAUGCACCUGACUUAUAAGCUUUACAAUUAACUGUUUGAUGUAUUUAUUGCACACUGCUAUAAGCAUCCACUUUAACAAGUAAUAAUUAGAUGGCUAAUUUAAAGGUUUAAGUAUAAUUUGGUUAAAAAUGAGUCUUAUGUCCUUGACAUGUGAAAUUCUGAAAGUUUAGUUUGAAGAAAUGCUAACUUAUAAUCUGUUCUAUUAAAGUAAAUUAUUUGUUACUGUGGA